AUGAAUGUGGACGGAAUGAUCAUGGCUCCAUUGCAAGUUCACAACCCUACGGAGUACAGCCAAGAAGAUCCUGGCAUUAUGGUCAAUGCUCUGCCAAUAUUCCAUGUGUCUAGUAUUCGUAAGAUUUGCAAGCUUGGCAGCGGAUCUCACUCUGACGUACAUCUUGUUUCAACGCAAAGUAGGCAACAGCUAGCGCUAAAAUGUCUAAACCAAACCACAGUUCUGAACCAAGAGCUAUCUGCUGACCUCACAAGUGAUUUGAUAAUGGAAGCACAAAUCCUUGCUAGCCUUGACCACGAGAACAUUAUCAAGAUUCGUGUGGUCUGUUGUGAUCCCAUUGAAACCGGUACGGCUGGUUCCGGGUACUUCUUCCUCAUGGAUGUGUUGUCUGAUUCCCUCGUGGAGAGAGUGCAGCGAUGGUCCAAGGACGAGAGCUGUUACAACGGAAUCCGAUCCUCCAUCUUGGGAAAUCGAUUGAGAAAGCUUAACACUAAGAAGAUGAUAAGUCGCAUGGAAACUGUAGCGAUUGGAGUCGCAAAGGGAAUGGCAUACCUCCAUAAAAAAGGAGUAGUUUUGCAAGAUCUCAAGCCUGCAAACAUUGGAUUUGAUAUGCACACUGGAGAAGCCCGUAUCUUCGAUUUUGGAAUGGCUAGACAUGCUCUAGACCUAUCGAUGAACAAGCCCGCAGAGAUUUGUGGGACACUACGCUACAUGGCCCCUGAAGUUAUGAAGGGCGAGACACCAACGAAGGCAUCCGAUGUCUAUUCGUUUGGAUGUGUUUUGUAUACCCUUUGCAGUCUCAUGGUGCCAUUCCAUAAUUUUGCAGCAAAAGAGAGCGAGCUUGGUGAAUUCAAGGUCAAGGUGAUUGCUGGUGAAAGACCAUCCCUGAAAUGCAUUUCCUGUCUCCUGGUUCGCAGCUUGAUUCAAGAUUGCUGGGCUCACGAUCCGCUUGAUCGGCCGACCUUCAACGAGAUCGUUGAAGAAAGAUUCCCUGACAUUCGCAAGGGCUUUCACAGCAACGACAAACAAAAGAAGUCCUUCAAGAGAAUCGACUCGGGUUCCUUGAAUGAUUCCAUCCACGUCUCAUUCCGAAGUGAUUCUGGAUUCACCAUCUCAACCAAGAGCUGGGUGUAA